AUGUUAAGCAAUGGUCGUAAAUAUAUUAUACCAUGUCAAAGUCGAUUUUCUCGUCAAUCUAUUAACGAAAUUGCAAAAGAAGAAUACAAGAGAAUAUCAAACACAAUUAAAAAAAGCCUUGAUUCUAAUCGAAUGUCUAUUACAGAUGAACGAGCAAAACAAGCAUUUCCAGAAUUAGAACAAAUGAUUCAUGAUUUAUAUUCAAAACCAUUACCACCAAAAUUAAAUCGGCGUGCUCGACGUGAAUACAAAAAAAUUAAACGUCUCCAGAAAUUAUUACGUCGUCGACCUGAUGUUAUUAUACGUCGAGUAGAUAAAGGUGAAGGAUUUUAUUUUGGUAAUAAAUCUAUGCUAGAAAAUAAAACAGAAGAAUAUAUGACUAAAACCGAAGCUUAUGAAGAAUUAACCAAUGGUCGAUGUCCACUAGCCGAUAUUUUACAUACAACGGAAGCUGUACUUGAUUAUCUUCUUAAGAAAAAAGCUAUUACUAAAGAUCAACGUGAUAAACUUCUACCUAAUCUGAACACACUUGAACUGGCUCAUUUGUAUACAUUGCCUAAAGUACAUAAGCCUCAAUUAUCAAUACGACCCAUCAUUUCUGCUUUACAUGCACCAGUUACAUUCCUAUCAAAAUAUUUGAAUGAUUUAUUGGCGCCCAUCUAUUUACAAGAAGCUCGUGAUAUUACAUUUAUUAAUAGUAUUGACGCCACCCGAAAAUUAGAAAAAUAUGCUGAAGAUGGUUACCUCAAACCUACAACAAAGUUUAUGACAGGUGAUGUUGAAAAUCUUUAUUCAAUGAUACCAAGAGAAGGUGGUAUUAACGCAUUAAUACGAUUUUUGGAGAAACACUCUAAAUAUCAAAGAAUUGGACCAUUUACGAUAGAUAUGAUAUUAAAAAUGGCUCGUCUAAUUUUAGAUACAAAUUAUUUUGCAUAUGAAAAUAAAUACUAUCAUCAAAAACGUGGUGGAGCUAUGGGUUCAGCAUUUACUCAAGUUUAUGCCAAUAUUUAUAUGCUCGAAUGGGAACAAAAAUUAAUUCAACAUCAAUCUUCAAAAAACGAAAUAUAUGGAAGAUACAUCGACGAUAUUUUUAUGACUGUCAAUGAACCAUACGAUGAUAUACUAUUCGAACUUGAAAAAUUACAAAACGAAGAUCCCAAUAUUAAAAUAAAUUCAACUGUAAAUGACACUGUUAAUUUUCUCGACAUCACUAUUAGCAAUACAAAUGGCCAAUUAAAAACAUUUAUUUAUCACAAACCAUCAGCUGAUCCUUACUACUUACCAUACACAUCGGAUCAUCCACAUCGUAUUCAUCGAAACAUACCAUAUACUGCAUUAAUACGUGCCGCACGACUUUGUACCAAUCUUCAUGAUUUUCAUUUGGAACGAUUACGUAUAGAAGUAUCCCUGUUAUUGAAUAAUUAUCCACCAAAAUUCAUCUUAAAUCAAUUUCUUCGGUUCUUUCAAGUCCACAAAGCAGAUACUUUAAUUACACGAUUUGAUACAAAAGUAUAUGAUGAAUUACACCAUACAUUACUAUAUCAACCAUCACAACGUGAACUUGAAUUAAAACAAACAAAAACAGAUCCUGUCCUAUUUCCACCGGCAUUACAACCAAAGACAUGGAAUCCAAGAAUGAUGUAUUUACGACACCGAUUUGAAAGUGGACCCAUAUCAACAUUUUCUCAAGCAUUAAAGAGAUGGUGGAAAAA